GGCGGCCGCUAGGGUGAGGCCCGAGGUGCGAGGCGGAGCGCUUGACGCUGACUCGUGGAGGAGCGGUAAAGGCGGGGAUCGAGAGCGGAGGAUGUAAAUCAGAAUUCAGUGAAAAUGUCCACUGAACGGACUUCUUGGACAAAUCUGUCCACUAUUCAGAAAAUAGCCCUGGGCCUUGGAAUUCCAGCCAGUGCGACAGUUGCCUAUAUCCUAUACCGCAGGUAUAGGGAAAGCAGAGAAGAGCGGCUGACGUUUGUUGGGGAGGAUGACAUUGAGAUAGAGAUGCGAGUUCCCCAGGAGGCUGUGAAGCUCAUCAUUGGCCGGCAAGGAGCCAAUAUUAAACAGCUGCGGAAACAGACAGGUGCUCGGAUUGAUGUGGACACAGAGGACGUAGGCAAUGAGCGAGUGCUGCUUAUCAGUGGUUUUCCUGUUCAGGUGUGCAAGGCCAAAGCAGCAAUCCAUCAGAUCCUGACAGAGAAUACCCCAGUGUCUGAGCAGCUCUCAGUUCCCCAGAGAUCUGUGGGCAGAAUCAUAGGGAGAGGCGGCGAGACAAUUCGUUCUAUCUGUAAAGCCUCUGGAGCCAAAAUUACUUGUGACAAAGAAUCAGAGGGGACAUUACUACUAUCAAGACUUAUAAAAAUCUCAGGAACACAGAAGGAAGUGGCAGCAGCCAAGCAUUUGAUACUGGAGAAAGUUUCAGAAGAUGAAGAACUCCGGAAGAGAAUUGCUCAUUCUGCAGAAACCAGAGUCCCACGCAAGCAGCCAAUCAGUGUGAGAAAAGAGGAGGUGACAGAGCCAGAUGGGGCUGGAGAGCCAGUUUUAUGGAAAAGUACCAGUUCUAGCAUGGAGCAGGCUAAGCCUUUGGCAGUUCCUCCUCACAAAGGAGAUGGUGACAUGGCUGUUGUAGGGCCAAAAGAAGAUUCCUGGGAGAAACCUAAUGAUGACAGCUUUCAGAAGUCUGGAAUCCAGGCCAUUCCAGAGACAUCUAUGUUUGAAAUCCCCAGUCCUGACUUCAGUUUCCAUGCUGAUGAGUACCUAGAAGUCUACGUCUCUGCUUCUGAACACCCUAACCACUUCUGGAUCCAGAUCAUUGGCUCCCGCAGCCUGCAACUGGAUAAGCUUAUCAAUGAGAUGACCCAACACUAUGAGAAUAGUCUGCCUGAAGACUUGACCGUGCAUGUAGGAGACAUUGUAGCAGCACCUUUACCUGCAAGUGGUUCCUGGUAUCGAGCUCGCAUCCUUGGCACCUUGGAGAAUGGGAACUUGGACCUCUACUUUGUUGACUUUGGAGAUAAUGGAGAUUGCCCACUGAAGGAUCUCAGGGCUCUUAGGAGUGACUUCCUCAGUCUUCCAUUUCAAGCAAUAGAGUGUAGUCUGGCACGGAUUGCCCCUUCAGGUGAACAAUGGGAAGAGGAAGCUUUGGAUGAAUUUGACAGACUCACUCACUGUGCUGACUGGAAGCCCCUGGUGGCCAAAAUCUCUAGCUAUGUCCAGACUGGGAUCUCAACUUGGCCAAAGAUCUACUUAUAUGAUACUAGCAAUGGGAGGAAACUUGAUAUUGGGCUAGAAUUAGUUCGUAAAGGAUAUGCGAUUGAGCUUCCAGAAGACAUGGAAGAAAACAGAGCUGUCUCAGACAUGUUGAAGGAGGUGGCUACAGAAACAGAUGCCUCUUUCAGCACCUUGCUCACUGAGACCACAAAGAGCCCUGAAGUGAUAACACAAACCCUGUCCUGCCCUAGCUUAUCAGAAGCUGCCUCUGUGUCUGGCGAUGAUAACCUUGAAGACGACUAUGUACUCUGAAGUCUGGGCUUCAGCUUACUCAGCCAUCUGCUUUGCUGUCAGGAUUUGGAGCCGGAGAAAGGAGUCUGUGCUAGCAAUCCAUGCAGUACUUUCCUUAUUACACACGGUCUGGCUUGCUGUGGAGCAAAUCCAUUUUCUUCAUCCACUGGACUACCAAAAAGAGUGUGGGGCAGAGGAAGACAAAUACAUACCCCCUUCUCCACCUCCCUGGUCCCUCCCCCGCCCUCCAGUGUUGAAUACUGCUAUGUUACUUCCAGGCUGUUCAGCAUCAAGCUCAGUCCCCUCUGUCAGUCAUAAUACACAUUACUGCUAGUCUG